ACUUAGCGAUUUACUUAUUACGUAUGUAUUAAGUAAAUUACGUACGUACUCAGUGAUCUAACGGCGAUUUUGUACAUUUCUAAAUGCUGUCGAUUGGUUCUUGGACUUGAACUUUUUCUUAUAAGCAUUGUUAUUCUAUGCUUUGAUGAAAUAAGAAUGACAACUGUAUACAGUGUUUUGGUUUAUUUAAAGGACUUAUUUAUCACUAAUACAUGUCAAAGUAAUGCUUCCUUGCGAAACAAAACUGUUAUAAUCACAGGUGGAAAUACUGGUAUUGGGAAAGAAACCGCUUUGGAUCUCUCCAAAAGAGGUGCAAGAGUGAUUAUUGCAUGUCGUGACACAAAAAAAGGCGAAGAAGCGGCUAAAGACAUCCAAGAAAAAAAGCCUUCAGCUGCAGUUCAAGUUAGACAACUCGAUUUGUCUUCCUUUGCUUCCAUUCGAAAGUUUGCUGAGAAGAUAUUACAAACGGAACAACGUAUUCAUAUUCUGAUUAAUAACGCAGGAGUAGCAAGCUGUCCUAAAUCCCUUACUGAAGAUGGAUUCGAGUUACAAUUUGGUGUGAAUCAUUUAGGGCAUUUCCUGUUGACAAACCUUUUACUGGAACGUCUUAAAGCUUCUGCUCCAGCUAGAAUUAUCAAUGUCUCUUCCAUUCUUCACAUAAAUGGAAAAAUAAAUUUCAAUGACAGCAAUAUGGAUCAUAAUUAUAAACCAGUGGCUGCAUAUUGUCGAAGCAAGUUGGCAAAUAUUCUGUUUACACGUGAACUAGCAAAAAGAUUAGAAGGUACUGGAGUAACGACAUAUUGUCUCCAUCCCGGCGCUGUUUAUACAAGCAUUGGGCGACAUAUAGACGCUUCUUUGAACAAAUUUUCUGGACUCUUUUAUGAAGGAUGUAGUAAACUGUUCUGGAAGAACGCUCGCAAUGGUGCCCAGACAUCCAUCUACUGUGCUGUUGAGGAGUCAUUAGAGAAUCAGUCUGGAUACUAUUAUUGUAACUGCACAAGAAUAGAGCCAUCUGCAAGAGCUCAGGAUGAUGAAAUGGCAAGAAAGUUGUGGGAAUUCAGCCAACAAGCUACGUCUAAAUCCUAAUGUUCAGAAUUUGAAUAAAAAUCAUUUUCUAUAUAAUAUAAAUUUGAAGCUACUAUAA